AUGUAUAUAGGCAGCUACAUAGACAACUAUGAAGUAUCUAACAAAGAUACAUUGACGGGGGAGUUCACCGUGAGGGCUGCCUGCCACAGGUCCAUGAGGAAGAGUGACAAGCCGCACAGCAUGAGACAAAUUCCGGAUGUCUCACCCACUGGUCGCUGGACUACCCUGGUGCCCCUACUCUUCAUCCUGGUGGUGGCAGCAGUCAAGGAGUUCAUUGAGGAUCUGGACACGGUGGUCUACGACCGUCUGGCCGACAGUUCCAGGUAUAAAGAGAUCACUCUUAAACACCUGGAGCAGUUUGCAACCGAGGAUUAUGUCUCAGGGCUGCGUACUCUAUGCUUUGCUGUGGCUGAGAUCAGCGAGUCAUCCUAUCAGCAGUGGCUGGAGGUGUUCCACGGUGCCGCCAGCGCCCUGCAGAACCGAGCUCUCAAACUGGAGGAGAGCUAUGAGCUUAUCGAGAAGAACUUGCAUCUUCUCGGGGCCACGGCCAUCGAGGACAAGCUUCAGGACAAGGUGACUGAGACUAUUGAGACCCUGAUGAAGGCCGACAUCAAGAUCUGGAUCUUGACUGGGGACAAGCAGGAGACGGCCAUCAACAUUGGAUACUCCUGCAAACUUCUGACCAAGAACAUGGGCAUGCUGGUGAUGAACGAAGACACACUUGACGCAACCAGGGAGACCCUCACCCACCACUGUGGAAUGCUGGGAGACGCCCUUCACAAGGAGAACGAUUUUGCCCUCAUCAUCGACGGAAAGACUCUCAAAUACGCCCUUACGUUUGGAUCACGGCAGUACUUCCUAGACCUUGCCUUGUCAUGUAAAGCAGUGAUAUGCUGCAGGGUGUCCCCGCUGCAGAAAUCGGAGGUGGUGGAGAUGGUAAAGAAGCAGGUGAAGGUGAUCACGCUGGCCAUUGGUGACGGCAACAACGACGUGGGCAUGAUCCAGACGGCUCACGUGGGCGUGGGCAUCUCGGGCAACGAGGGCCUGCAGGCCGCCAACUCCUCCGACUACUCCAUCGCACAGUUCAAAUACUUGAAGAAUCUAUUGCUGGUUCACGGUGCCUGGAAUUACAACCGCGUCGCCAAGUGUAUCCUGUACUGCUUCUACAAGAACAUUGUCCUGUACAUCAUCGAGAUCUGGUUUGCCUUUGUCAACGGAUUCUCUGGUCAGAUUCUGUUUGAACGCUGGUGCAUCGGCCUGUACAAUGUGAUUUUCACCGCUCUGCCUCCUCUCACUCUGGGAAUAUUUGAACGCUCAUGCAGGAAAGAGAACAUGUUGAAGUACCCAGAACUCUACAAAACCUCCCAGAAUGCCUUGGGUUUCAACACCAAGGUCUUCUGGGCCCAUUGUCUGAACGGCCUCUUCCACUCUGUCAUCCUUUUCUGGGUCCCCCUCCUAGCCUUCCAGCAUGAUACAGUCUUCGGAAACGGAAAGACCCCGGACUAUCUCCUCUUAGGCAACAUGGUUUAUACAUUUGUGGUCAUCACCGUGUGCCUCAAAGCUGGCCUGGAGACCUCGUCUUGGACUAUGUUCAGUCACAUUGCCAUCUGGGGCAGCAUCAGCCUGUGGGUGGUGUUCUUCGGUAUCUACUCCUCUCUGUGGCCACUCAUCUCUCUGGCUCCGGACAUGUCUGGCGAGGCGGACAUGAUGUUUAGUUCGGGAGUUUUCUGGAUGGGCCUGGUCUUUAUCCCUGUCACCUCCCUGGUCUUUGACAUGGCCUACAAAGUGUGAGAUCCCCUCCAUGCACCUCCAUGUCCUGCUUUAGGACACUUUUCUCGGGAAUCUUCUGAGAUCACAAAUAGAUCACAUGCACUCAAGACAUUUACAUAUACAGUUGAA